AUGACUCAAGCAUCGCUUUUAGAAACUUUCACUCUUGAUCAAGAAAUUAAUGAGUGGAUCGUGGGAGAUGAUAGUGUAAUACGUAUUUUAAGCAUUGAAAUUCGCGGUUAUGUGGACCAAAUCGAGGGAACGAGGACUGUAAAUUCUGGCUCAGGAGCCAAAAAAAAGUCUGUAUCACUUUUUAAAGUUAUUAUUAAUAAUGGCAGUAAAUGUCGUGUUCGCGUUCUUUUUUGGGGAGAUUUAGCAAUAAAGUAUUCUGCCUUGAUCCAUGACCGUACUGUUAUUACCAUUACACGUGGACGUACUUCAGCGACAAAUUGUCGAUACAUUAACCCAAUGGAUGCUGUUAUUCCACUAGAACUUUACAUCCUUCCUUCUACAGUGAUUGAGAUUGACAAGCAAAAGUUUCAAGAAGAAAAAAGUGAAGCUGUAAUCCCGACUGUUGAAUUGGAAGACAUUGUUAACUCAACUGGAUUAGUUUGGACUCAAGGAUACUUGAAGCAACCUUUUAUUAAAGUAACUGCAUACGGUAGUAGUUAUGGUAGUGGAGUUUUGGUAAAAGACAAAUUGAAAUUGCAAGUUAAGAUCGCCCAGUUUGAAGAAUUAGAAUCCCUACAAAAAGGUUGUUAUUUACGUGUCUGUGGUAAAUAUGAUGCACCUUUACAAAGUGCACCUCAGUUCUUAGUACGUUCAAUGGAUGACAUUACUCUAGAUGAUACUCAAGUUAAGUUAUCUGGUAAAGAACUUCGAUUGCUUGGAUACCAAACACCUAAACGUAAAUCAGAUUCAUCAUUGGAAGGAACUGCAAAAAAGUUUGGUCCAUUUGACCUCUAAAAACUGUCACCUCAUUUAAUAUUCGUAUAUGCGUUGUAACAAGAGAAAAUUUAACGUUAUUGACUGAAUUUAGUGAUCUGAUGUGAUAUUAUUCUUACGACUUAGUGAUCAUUAACAUAACCUGAUUAGUUAAUAAUUGGUAUUUUAAGGAAUUAAUAUAAGUUCCAGUCGAUGAGUUGAAAUUUCCGUUAUCAGACCGUUGUACUCUUUCAUUUUAUAUUUUUAAUCUUAUUAUCAUUUAUUUUUAAUUUUUAAUCUCACUAUGAUAAGUAUUAUCACUUCAAUUCAUUGUUACGUCGCUUUGUUAUCAUGAUCAUAACAUUUAUUUAUUCCGAAAAGGUUACAUAACUAUAGGUCAAUAAAAACAUUGAAUAUUUAACGAAAUUUUCUUACAAUUAACAAGCAAUGACAAACGAUGGUAUCUUGGCUAUAAUUAAUUGAAUCAUAUAAAUAUUCAAAGUACUCAGUAAUCGGAUAUUCAAUAUCCGUGUCUAGAUAAAGAAAUUUUCGUUAAGUAAAUUUUUCUUCUAUUAUCCUUAAAUUAAUAAUAAGUCAUAGAUAUUGUUGAUUUAAUCUGAUAAAUUAUUAUUUAUUAUUUACAGAAUAGUGACCUGAUUAGAUAAUAAAUGUUUGCA